AUGUUCAAAGUAUCUGACAAUAAAUACAUAGAGGAUUGUAGAGAUAUACCCAGUUACUUCGGAUUAAAGGUUGCUUCGGCAGUAUUUCAGCAAAUAAUGGACGCUAUGUUAUCCGAUUGUGAAUUAGCAAUCUCUUAUUUGGACGAUAUAUUGAUCAAGUGUAAUUUGCGUGAACAGAAUGCGGAGCAUGUAAAAGCAGUGUUCAUGAAAAUUAAAGAGUACGGGUUCACUUUGAGUGAAGAAAAAAGCGAAUACUUUUUACCUCAAAUUAAAUACUUAGGGCAAAUAACUGAUAAAAAUGGUAGACGCCCAGACCAAUCAAGGGCAGGUGCAAUAGAUAAUAUGCCUGCUCUGAAAAAUAUGCCAGUAUUACAAGCGUUUCUUGGGCUGGCAUACUAUUACCAAACUACAUUAUUAACAUGCACAAAUUAA